CCAUACGAAUGCGUAGCGAGACGCGAGUAUCAGACCAGUCUCGUCUCUUCUAUAUUCCUUUCACUCACUCGUCACAUUCACAAUUUCACAUUGUACUUCCGAGAGUUUCAGUGUUGAGUAAUAUAAUUAUCGCUUGUACAAUUAAUUAUAAAACAAAUUGUUACAAUCAAACGUUUUACUGUUGAAAAAGGGAAAUUUCCAUUCUUUGUGCAUCAAUCGAUUAUUGAAUAUCACGCCGAGUCAUUCAACAAGUUCAACUAUUACAUAUUCAUAAAAAAUUUUUUUUAAUCUCUUCCACCUGUAAUAGUUUUGAGAGAAGAAAUUAGAAAAAAAUGGAGCUCAUAAGACCGGACAAUCCGUCAAAGUGCACGUGGAAGGCAAAUUCUACGGAUAGUCCUCAUACAAAUCGUAGCAAAGCCGCUGACAGAAAAACCACAUUACCAAAUAUUUUAGAAGCAGUUGGUCAAACUCCAAUGGUACGAUUGAAUAAAAUUCCCAAGGAACACGGAAUAAAAUGCGAAAUGUUUGUGAAAUGCGAGUACAUGAAUCCAGGUGGUUCAGUGAAAGAUAGAAUAGCAGUGAGAAUGAUUCAGGAUGCUGAGGAAAAAGGUUUAUUAAAACCGGGUUGCACUAUAAUUGAGCCAACAAGUGGAAAUACAGGAAUUGGUCUUGCAAUGGCAGCUGCUGCAAAAGGAUACAAAUGUAUAAUCGUAAUGCCACAGAAAAUGUCGAAUGAAAAACUUUAUACGCUUCAAGCACUUGGCGCACAAGUUGUAAGAACACCAACGGAAGCUGCCUGGAAUAGUCCCGAAGGUCACAUUGCAGUAUCGCAAAAAUUACAAAGAUCAAUUCCCGACAGCGUUAUUCUCGAUCAAUACACUAAUGCGGGAAAUCCGUUGGCGCAUUAUGAUAAUACAGCAAUGGAGAUUUUUGAGCAAGCUGGAGGGAAAAUAGAUUAUUUGGUCGCUGGAGCAGGAACUGGAGGUACUAUUAGCGGUAUUGGUCGUAAGUUUCGCGAAUUAUCGCCUAGUACAAAAAUAGUUGCUGUUGACCCAGAAGGCAGUAUUCUCGCUGAUCCUCCAGAAUUAAAUAAAACUCCGGUUACAUUUUAUGAAGUCGAAGGAAUUGGAUAUGAUUUUGUACCCACUGUUUUGGAUAAUAAAGUCAUUGAUAUGUGGAUAAAAUCGAACGAUUGCGAAUCAUUUAUUGCUGCGCGGAGUUUAAUAAAAGAUGAGGGUCUUCUCGUCGGAGGAAGUAGUGGAGCAAAUUUAUCGUCUGCCUUGAAAUUGGCGAAAAAUUUACCGGAAGACAAACGUGUUGUUGUCCUAUUGCCUGAUGGAAUUCGAAAUUAUAUGACGAAAUUCAUAUCCGAUUAUUGGAUGGAAAGUCGAGGAUUUUUGAAUCCUCCAGAGCCGGUAGAAAGCAAUAAAUGGUGGUGGAAUCUUCCAGUAUCCUCUAUUCAUUUUAGUAAACCAACUAGUUUAUCAAAAGAAUCAACUUGCGAGGACGCUAUUAACAUUCUUCAGGAUGGAAAGUUUCAUCAGCUACCAAUCGUUGAUCAGAAAAACGAAAUCUUGGGUUUCGUUUCAUUAAACGAAAUUUUAAGUUCAUUGAUAUCAGGAAAAGCAGUGAAAACAGACAACGCAGAAAAAAUAAUGUCCAAUCAAUAUCGAAAAGUAGUUUUAUCAACUUCUCUCGGUCGUCUUUCGAGAAUGCUUGAAAAGGAACAUUUCGCUGUGAUUUUAGAUGAACAUAAUGACGGAGCAUUUGUUGGAAUUGCAAGUCAAAUAGAUUUACUUGAAUUUAUUAAUAAAGGUCAAACUAGUAAUGGCGAGGUACACACAAAUGGCACAAAGUGUACCAUUGUAAAUUCUAGUAAAAACGGUAAUUAAUAUCCACAAUUAAUUACCAAUUAAUGUACACGCUGUGUGAACUUUGGGUGACAAAAUCAGUUUAAUUUUAUUUACACAGUUGAUUCAUUUUUAUUUUUUUAUGAAGUUUUAUUUCAUUUGUUUGAAUCUCAAUAUCGUUUCAAAAGAUAUGUUUUUUCAGUAAAGUUAUUGCAGUAAAGUUAUUGCAGGGA